GUUUUAUUUCAUCUGAUGAAUUAUAUAUGUUCCUACUGUUUUGCUAGGGAUGGGAGUGUAAUAUAUGGGAAUAAUAAGGAGGGCAUGAUUAGGGUGAGAACAUUUAAAGGUGGAAAGCUCAGGGUCUCAGGAGAUGGACUUCUUGAACAUGACGAUAAUGGCAUUCCAAUAUCUGGAGAUGUUCGUAACGAUUGGGCAGGCUUCUCUCUGUUGCAGGCCUUGUUUAUGAAGGAACAUAAUGCCAUAUGUGAUAUGCUAAAAGAGCAUUACCCUGAAUUUGAUGAUGAAAAGCUGUAUCGACAUGCAAGAUUGAUAACUUCAGCAGUCAUUGCUAAAAUCCAUACCCUUGAUUUGACAAUUGAACUUGCUAAGACUGAUACUGUAGUUGCGGGAACAAGGAUCAACUGGUAUGGACUUUUGGGGAAGAAAAUCAAGGAUUUGUUAGGACCUAAGUUUGGACCAAUUCUGAGUGGAUUAGUUGGUCUUAAAAGGCCCAGAGAUCACGGGACUCCCUACUCGUUGACUGAAGAAUUUGUUAGCGUCUACAGAAUGCACUCACUUUUACCUGACAAAAUUGUUCUGAGGGACUUGAAGUCGACUACUUCAGAAGACAAAUCCUUGCCUAUUCAAGAAGAGAUUCCUAUGACGGAAAUGAUUGGGAAAGAAGGAGAAAAAAGCUUGUCCAAAAUUGGUAUAGAGCAGAUGCUCGUAUCUAUGGGUCAUCAGUCAUCUGGAGCUUNACUAUUUCCAUGA